AUGGACCCAAUUUCUCAGGUUGAUCGAGGUCUAUUUGGGAUGGAGUCCAACCACAGGGUUCCUUUGAUACGAAUGCAUCCAAAAAAGACAAUCGUAAUCUGCAACCAAGGCUUCAUAUACAAUGUGAGAGUCCCACGCGAUGAGCUCCAUGUAAAAAAAAUCUGUCUUUCACAUGCCGAACAUGACCGGAUCCUUGCAAAAGCCAAGGGCCCGAGUAUUCUUGAUAAGGAGUUGGAGGUCUUGAGAAAAGCGGCAAUAAAAAAGAAAGAGGACAUAAAGGCUGCUGAGGGAAGAAAGCGUCAAAUAAUUGAGAAUGACCUUUUCGCUAUCAAGCAUGAGGAGGAGAGUGAGUUGCAGUCCAGAAGGCUGGCCUACGACCGCUAUCAGCACAUGAGGGAAAAAGCUUUGAUAGAAAAGGACAAUCAAAUCAAGAAGCUCGACAGGUGGAUUUUGAAUAGUAAAAUCCAGACUGAGCGUGACAAGCAGCUUGUGUGGAAAAAGCGGUGUGAGGCUAUCGAGAUUUCUAGAGAAAAGGGCGAGUUCGACCGAGUGCUAAAGUGCACGCAGGAGGCGAUACGCAAAGAUGAGGAGAAGGAGAAGAAGCGUUUGAGGGACGCUUACGCACAUUUAGAGAGCAUCAAGGAGCAGGUGAGGGAACGUGAGCAGGCGGCCCUCACCAAGCGCAAAGAGAGGCUCGAUGAGGUCAGCAAAGUGAGGGAGACGAUUCAGGAAAAGAAUCGGUGGCUGGAGGAAUUUAAAGAGGAGAGACUUAAAGAACUCAAGGCUUGCGGGAUCCCAGAAAAAUACUGCAGGUAUGUAAGGAGAAAGACCAAAGAAGACGAAGCUAACCCCAAUCAAUACCAUUAUCGUGCACAUGAUACAUUAGAUCAAUUACCCAGAUGGACAAACCGCUCUAAUAAAAAGCAUAAAGAGCAGGAAGAUCCACUCAAUCCAUUCCCAGCAUUACCGCCAAUCUCCAUGAAGGAUGUAGCUGAAGGAGUAGAGGGAAACUGA